AUGCCUAUCAGAGAUCAGACUGCUACUGAGUUGUUUAAGGAUGGAAAGAUAUCUAGAAAUAUUAUGGGAAAAAUCACAGUCUCAGACCUAGCUGUGGGAGGAGAAAAGAAGAGCAGCAUAUAUGGUCUUGAAUCUGAAGCAAAAAGUUACUACGGCCUGAAUCUUCGUGUCGCUUGUGGAUCAGAUGCUUCUUCAUCAGUUCCACCUUCGGUUUCUAAAUCAGCACCAACAGAAAAUUUGGAGGAGUUAGUGGUGCGUUUGAUUCCUAUUCUUACUGAUCAUAUGCUUCUGAUAUUUAUUAAGCAGGCACGUGGAGUGAUUUCUACACCAUCGCAUAAGCCAAAUACUCCUAACGACAACUUAUCGGUUGUGACACCUAUAGUGCCUCCUCCUACUACUGCUAAUGUUGACGAGGUUGAUCCUUCACUUUCAGAUGAUGACUGUAGUCUUUCAUCCAUGCAUUAG